AUUCAUGAAGAAUACAAAAAUAAAUAUUUGAAGGUUGUAGCUUUUCUCAUUUUUGCAAUAUUUGCAUAUAAAUAAAUAUAUAUAUAUAAAAACUUUGACAUUUGGUCAAAGUUAACUCAUCUGAAAUGGUCAAAAACUGCAAUUCUAAGCUAAAACUCUUACAUUAUUGUAAUAUUCAAUCGUUUGUCUUCAUUUUGAAACAAAUUGGAAGUAUCUAGAACAAUAUUUAGAUUUACGGUGAAUUUUUGAAAAAAAAACAUUUUUUUACAUCCGCUCAUUAUGAAUUCAUGCAUCAUUUUGUGAUACUAUUUUUUCUGUGUUGCUUUGAUCGUUUUACAAUGUGUUAUAUAUCAAAAUGAUCGCAAUUUAGUGUACAAUACAACGAAAAAAAAGUAACUCAUUAGCUUUAACCGUUUUUUGCACAGUUUGAUUUGAAUACAAUUAUGUAUGAAUUUUUUUUUUUUCGCUACCAUAUAUCGCAUUAUCUAUAUAUGAUAAUGAUAUUUUUUUUUUUCAUUUCUGAUGGUUGCAUUCUAAACUUCAGACAAUGACAAAAAAUGAGCCAAAAAUGAACUCUUAAUCUUGAAAACUAAGCACGCUGUGAUUUUUUGAAAAAAUUAUUUUUUCCACUUCCGCUCUCACUCCAAACCCGCCUCGGCAUACGGGAGACAUUUUGUUUUUUAGGGCUUCGGCGUAAGAGGGUUAAUAGGGAAUGAAAUAAUGUAGAUUGAUUAGAAAAACCUAGGCUAGGUGAUAGCCUAACUAUAAAGUUUCACAUUAGUAAGUUGCUGUUUUAUAUAGCAGACCAAAAACAGUGCAUAGACCAAAUGGGCUAAUGAAGCCGUAGCCUAUCUUGAAGGCUACAAAUGACACUUGGUUAAUCCCAUAUCUUUAAAGGUAAAUUAAUUAAUCAGAAUUAGACAAUAAUCUAUAAUAGUUGAUGGCUGAACUAUAAAAUUUCACAGUGAGUUAGAUGUUAGCCUAACUAUGACUAUACAUGUAAGUUACGUUCUGAUUUUAUAAAGCCUUUACAUUUGCUCUAGAAUAAUGUGGAUUGGGCAAUACCCUGUACUAGGCUAAGAGAGUGGAAUUUAGGAAACAUCCUGUUGUUGAUGUACCAAGUGGUAGAUUAGCCCAUAUAGCCUAGGACUGGAUGUAAACUGUAACCUUCAUGUAAAUAAAUAGCCUAAAUCCAUAUAAAACAGUGGCUUGGGCUACCUAUACAAUUUAGUACAUAGGAUAUUAGUCCGAAUGGUAUGACAAUUCAAAUUGAAAUUUUACAUAGCCAGUACAAAAGGACUAAUAUAUGGCUGUUAGAACUAACUUGAUCCUCAAAGGGCUUAAGAACAUAGCUUUCUAAUAGAUCUAUUACAAAUAUGGAAAAUGUAUGAGGUACCACAAAGGUGUCCAUCAUUAAUAAUUUAAUUCUACUACCUUCUAAUAACAACUUGAUUUAUUUCACUGCAGGGCUGCCAUUAUUCAGGGCCCUCAUUUCUAGUGUUUCAUAUAAAAUUGCUCAGUUCAUUUUGUGCCGGUGGGUAUGACUCAUACCUUCUGCCAGGGGUACAGUCUAGUAAGAAAACAGUAAAAAUUUGUUUGGUCGACAGAUAUGUAUCAGAUUUGUAGUACGCUACUGGCAGUAAGUUUUACUGAUGAAACUGCUCAUUUUAAGCUGUCCCAGUGAUUCCUAGGGCUCAGUAGGACUAAGGAAAGGGGAAAUUAUAUCUUUCCGACAAAACUCCGGCAGCAGAUAUGUAACCCUUUUUUCUCAGAUCAAGAUUUAUGUUUGGGCAAAAACCCAGUAACAUCAGUCCUCACAACCUCCCAGGUUACCCUGCAUAGGAAGUAGAGGAAUUUUUACAUGGCGAUAAUCUUACUAUGGAAUAUGAAGUGGCCAUUGUCACUGAAAUGACACUACUGAACCCUGAUGGAUCAGGUUGCCAUGGGUGAAACCUUCCAGAAGGAAUUCUAUCCUCCUUUGCAGCUAUCAAUACUUAGAAGGAUCUCUCCCCUCAAAAGGGAUAAUAGGAUCCAUCUGACUCCAACUGAAAUUACUAUAUUUUUGGACGGGUAUUAUAACUUACCCAGGACUUCUGCCCCUUUGGUAACAGGCAGUUACAGUUCAGUUGUUGAAGUUCAGUCAAAUUGUGGAAGCUGCUUCCCCAAACGAGAUACACAGCUUGCGGCAUUUGAUCAAUUCCAUAAGGAAAACAUGAAUAACUUCAGAAAAUGUUCUGUAUGAGGGAAAUGAUGCAUGAUUCCGAACCGAAAUGUAAGUUAGUCCAGUACACUCCAAAGUGUAAAAGUACUGCAUAAGGCAACCCAAAAGUGAGAGGGGAUGCAAAUGCUGCCCAAGUAAAAGCUAUAGAAGACUCCUAGACGUGACAACAUUGAACAAGCACAUUGUUUGUUAAAUUUCUGUAAUAACUACCUUUAUCCAAGGUGGUUCAAUUGUUCUAAAAGGGACUUAGACAACUAUAGAUCUGAAAGAUUCACACUGGCACGUCCCUGUCGCUGCUCUCCCUUCCGCCCCUUCCUAAGGCUCCGGGUAGGAAAUGAAGGAAAAGAUAUGUAGAGGUUCAAAGUGAUGCCUUGUGGGCUAAUCAUUGCCAUAAGAUUUGACAAAAUUAGUAAUGGUAGCUCUUCAAGAAAUCAGAAAUACAACCAAUAGCUCGCCUAGAUGACUGGUCAAUCUGGGGACCACAAGAAAAGUGUGCUUGAAAAACCUAAGAGCUUUGGUCAACUGACUACCACAGUCAAAAGGUUUCAUGAUAAAUUGGCAAAAACCCACCUGACACCCAGCAGACGCUUUCAGUAGCUGGGACUGUGUUAGGAUACUUUUCAUGGCUCAUUGUCUCUCCCCAUCAUACUCAAAACAGAAUAAUGCAUGUCUUCAAAAUGUGCCUUGCAAAGCUCAGAGUUUCCAAAUGGAAAUUAGAAUGUAUGAUGGGCUUGUUGUAAUUUGCACCAAUAACAGAUCCAAUAGAUUACAACAAAUGAAUGUGAACAAAUUUUAGUUAUUGUAUGAAACAAACAAGAUGCAAGAUCGACCUUAUCAGAAAAUUAAAAAAGUUGGGGAGAUACUUCAGCCUUGAUUCCAGAAGGAAUCUCUGUUGACACAGGUCACCCAGACUCCUCAGUCUGUAUGUGAUGAUACACACAGAUGCCUCGUUGACAGGUUGGGAGGAUUGUCAAGUGGCAGGAAGGUGUUCAGCUACUCUGAGGAAUUGUCGUAUCAGUUUCUUGUAGCUGAUGGCUGUCUUUUUGUCUCACUCUCAAAAAAACAAAAAAAAACUGAAAACUCCAGAAGAGAGACAUUUGGUUGGUUCUAGACAACAUGACUGUAGUGUCCUACAUCAAGCGGUCGGGAUGAUAUUCACUUCCUCUCAAUAUAAUAAUGCUAGCUAGCCAUCCUUUGAUGGAACAAGCAAACAAGUGGUACCUGUCUACAAUUUACCUUACGGGGUCUUUCAGUGUAAUAGUAGACAAAUGGAAGUGGACCUGUUUGCCACAUAUGAGAAUCAUAAACUACCAGACAAACAACAGCAAGAGAUGCCAUCCUUCAAGUCGUGAAGAAAUGGAGGAGGAUAUUCCCUCUUCAACCAUUGUUCCAAAUUUUGAAGGUGUGGAGCAAACUCCUGACCUACCAUGGAACAACUUACUUAAUAGUCCCAAAUUGGCCAAACCGGCAUUGAUUCCUAUUACUUUAACAACGAACAAAGAAAUAGAUUCCAAACUGUCCACUGUUGUAUCCCAGUCAGUAGGAGGGAAGUCAUUUAAGGAUCCUACUUUCAAAACCAAGACCUUCACAGGUUGAUUUUCUUAUAUAUUAGCUAUACCAUGAAAAUUAUUCACCCGAUAUUGCUAGGUACCAAGCGCAAAAAUUACAGACAUCAUUUAUCUGGGAAUUCCAGUCAAAUAUUUAAGGGAAACAAUUUAAAAAUGUCUUAUCCCUUUUGAAGACCAAUGCCUUGCAGUUACAACAAUCAUGGAAUACAAGGCAGCAUUAAUGGAACCAUUGUUUAAUGAUUUCAUGAUUUGACUCUAGUAUAUAAGUUGUCACUUCCCUUCUGCAGUCAUUUGCCCUACAAAGAUCUGCUCUAGAAAGGUUCCAAUUACUUGGUCCCUGGACAAGGUCCUUAGAAUUAGAUCAGCCCCUCAGCUCAGUGGACCUGAUGCAACCCCAACUAACAAGCUACAAUAUGCGAUCUUGUUGAUUGCAUUAGCAUCAGGAGCUUGUAUGUAUUAACAAACUGGGCUCUCUGAGACGGGGACAAUACAUCAUGCAGACAGGUGACAAUCAAUUAUUAUUGUCCUCUGGCCUGUUGUUCCUGGCCAAGAGUAGGAUUCCUUUAAGAAGGAAAUCUCCCAUUCUAAGAAAACUAGAAUUAGCAAACAAAACAUAAUGCCCAGUUCAAGCACUUGAGGUAUACCUAGAGAUCACGGCAGACAUCCCAAAAAGUCUGUCUUUUCCUUCACUCUAGCAAGACUUGCCACGAGCGCAAACAAAAUCAACUACACUGUGUAUCAGUAGGUGGCAUGGAUAGUCUUGACCCAUAAGCACUACAGCGGCAAACCACUGGUCUUCCUAACAGGCGGGUAUGCUAACUAUCGCUGGGGAAGGUUUGACAAUACUGCAACCAUAUCCGGCAUGCUUAGGUAAGUCACCACAGAACUUCACCAUAAAAAACAAGAGUUCGCUCUUAGUUUCUUAUUCUUUGCUACUAAUCCUUGUGAGAACCCAUAUUGGAGAAGCCAUUCAUGUCUCAUGCAUGGCAAAGGAGAUAUUUUGAAUCAAGGUGUCUCAAAGGUGUGUUAAAACUUAUACUAGAAAGAAGUGUGUUAAAACUUAUACCAGAAAGAAGUAAAAAGUUAUUUUUUUUCUUAUUAAACAAUUAUGAAAAUUAGGAACUGUUUUAUUUGAUUAUUAUUAUAUGUUCUUGGUUUUAACAUUCUAUAAAGAAUGUGAUACAGCAUUAGUAAGUCUUUAUGCUUUGUAUUAGCUCACUGGACACACUGGGCUGACUUUAUUACUGUAUAUUUUAGGCUAACCAGACAGAAUUCUUGGAAUAGGACUUGCUUUGUCAAUGACUAAAGUAAUGUAUUAUUCUGAUUUGAUUAAAACAUUUUAUGUUUUUGUUUAUUUCAAUGUAUAAAAUUUAAAAGCAUUUAUAAAUUAUAAAAGUAUUUUAUAUAUGAACAAAGUGUUUCACAUGAACUCAUUAAAACUUCAAUAAUAUCCAAAUAAAGUUGUACAAUGCCAAAAGUUAUUUGUCAAUGCUCACUAGUGUAUACGAUUUACAGACUAAAUGCACGGUUACCUGAAGGCACCAGUGCUAGUCCUAAUGCACAGAGUAUCUUGUCCCAAUGCCCUACUUCCCAAUUAAAGUGUGUUUUUCCUUGUGGGCCCAGUGCACCAACUUUAUUCACAUAACACCUGCUCUUUGGGGAACUAGAAUGAAGAGUAUUACAACAGGAAAAUUUAAUCAGCUCCUAACAAGGAUUGAGUAUUGUACAUAGAACAUCCUGAAAAUGGAAGCUGAAAAAUUGUCAUCAUUGUUGUUAAUCAAAGAGGAAAAGAAUUUGGAGGAGGGCCUUAUUGAAAACACAGGUGAAGGCUCUUCAUUUGCAGACCCCUUCUUAGAAGUCAAGGCAGAACCAGAAUUUUUUGACCAUGGUGAAUUUGAUGUUAAUUGUUCAUCCCAAUCUGUUAAGUAUGAGGAGGGCAUCUCUCCAAGCUGUGAUGAUGAAAGCGUAAAGAAAAUCUGUAUUGCAGAAGAAAGUAGACAUUUUGGCAUUAGAGAUGCUUUUUCAAAAAGAGAGAAAUCCCACAUGAGAACCCAUAGAGAGAAACCACAUACUUGUUCUAUAUGUCAAAAAAGUUUUUCUCAUUCAGUUAAUCUCAAAAAACACAUGAGAACUCAUACAGGAGAGAAACCACAUACUUGUUCUAUAUGUCAAAGAAGUUUUUCUCAAGUAGGUAAUCUCAAAAGACACAUGAGAACUCAUACAGGAGAGAAACCACAUACUUGUUCUAUAUGUCAAAGAAGUUUUUCUCAGUCAAGUGAUCUCAGAAAACACAUGAGAAGUCAUAUGGGAGAGAAACCAUAUAGCUGUUCUAUAUGUCAAAGACGUUUUGCUGGAUCACAUGGUCUUAAAUAUCACAUGAGAAUCCAUAUGGGAGAGAAACCAUAUACUUGCUUAACAUGUCAAAGAAGUUUUUCUCAAUCAGCUAAUCUCAAAACCCACAUGAAAACUCAUACAGGAGAGAAACCAUAUACUUGUUCUACAUGUCUAAGAAGUUUUUCUAAAUCAAGUGAUCUCAAAAAACACAUGAGAACUCAUACAGGAGAGAAACCAUAUUCUUGCACUGUAUGUCAAAGAAGUUUUUCCCACUUAAGUAAUCUCAAAAGUCACAUGAGAACUCAUACAGGAGAACAACCAUAUAAUUGUUCUAUAUGUCAAAGAAGUUUUUCUCAAUCAAAUGUUCUCAAAAACCACAUGAGAACUCAUACAGGAGAAAAACCAUAUAAUUGUUCUAUAUGUCAAAGAAGUUUUUCUCGGUUAGGUACUCUCAAAACUCACAUGAGAACUCAUACAUGAGAACCUUUCACUUUGUUUAUCAGAGGUUUUGAGGUUUUUCUCAUCAAAGUAAUUUCAAAAGAUUCACACAAGGCAGAAACUGUAUACUUGAUCUCUGUCCAAGUUGUCGUUAUUAUGUGCAUUUAUUUAACUCAACUUCUGCAUCUGUCUGGCCUCAAAUCUUGUAACUCGGUUUUCAACCUGUGCCAUUCAUCCAGUGGACUUGAAAUUUUGGAUGUAUAUUCAAUCCCGGUGACAAUACAGUGGAUCCCCAGUAUUCGCAGGUGUGUACUAGACCCCUGCCUAUGUUGUCAGUUCAAACACAAGAAAAACCUUCUAAAAAUGCCUAUACCUGAAUAUUUUAAUAUUUUUAUCGCAAAAAGUGCAUUUAGUCUUGUAAUUGAUGUGGAAAGACAGUAUCUAGUGAAUAUUUCUCAGUGAAAAAUACGUGAAUAGGCGAAUUUCCUGCAAAUAAUGAGUAGAUAUAGUCCAAAGAAAAAUCCAUGAAUUCAGGGGCUUGGUUGUACAACCUUAUAUAUGAGUAGGUCUUCAGUGACCACUAGUGACUCUACAGUGACCUCUAGUGACCCUACAGUGACCUCUACCAGUAUCUCAGGAUUUGUAUGAAAAAAUAAGUUUUUGAAACACACAACGAUUUUCUAAUAAUUAAUCAUGUCUAAAACAAUAAAAGUAUGGGCCCCAAACAUGGAAGGAAAUGCUAAAAAAAUAUAUAUAUUUAUUUUUGUUAUUGUAGUCGCUGUCUCAUCCUCGUGUACUGCCCUUUCCAUGGUCUAUCCAGAGCUCUUCUGUUAACUGGUUUUGAGGCCGGGUAUUGUGCCGUAAUGAUAACCAUUAUGACGUGAUAGAGUAAAAUGGACUCAGAAUCAGAGGGCACUUUUUAUUAUCAUCAGCGAACAAUAAUACCCAGUUUACCUAUGUCAAAACUGCAAGAAGAAGAAGUGGUCAUUCGCAUAUGCAUCUUCAUAUUGUUUACAUACGACCAAUAUCCGACCAAGCCAUCAUUCCCUUUUUGGUUGCCCAAGUAACCAGGGCUCAGAGAAGUCCGUUCUACAGUUAUUGAUUCAGCUAAGUGUAUAAUUUUAAGUUCCAGUUAAGAAUUUUUAGUUUAGACUAUGGAGCAAUGAUUUAAUGUGUGUGAAAAUCCACAAUCGGCUAUAUUUCACCAGCACACGUUGGCACUUCUUGCAUUUUGUAAUCAUUAGCUAUUUGUAGGAGUGAAAAUUGUUUUGGAGAAUUUAUUAUUCUAUUUAGAAAUGUUAUCUAAAGAAAUGUUCCACAAUUAUUAUUAAAUAGAUAUAGAUAAUCCUUUCAGACAGGGCCAUUUCUAGCUAUGUGGGGGCCCUAGAUAGAUAGGUAGGUAGGUACUUCAUUCAUCCAUGAGGGGUUUGUCAAAUUGUGAUGAAGCAAAUCCUAGCCCUUUAGUUGGUUUACUAAGAUGCAAGAAACUAUUACACUUCACAUUUAUUUAUUUCACAUCUGUUUCAAAGUGCAAAGAUAAUAAAAAAAAACGCUUAAAACAAUACUUAAUUAACAUCACAGUUACACUUAGCAGAGAAACAACUAAUAAUUCAUAUUAUUCACAGUAAUAAUGUAUUGUCCUCAAAAUGUCUGCUUCCUGGCUUUUUUACUCGCAAACUAAUGAAUGAUGUCCUUAUAUGACACCUGCUUGCCAACCUCAUGGUUGAUGAUGAUUAUUGCAAGACCAGUGGGUCGAUUCUGUCCCAUGGAAGACCUUAGAUAGGUCUUGAUAAGCUUCAGCUUUGAGAAGCUUCUCUCUGCUGAGGCCGCCAUUGUCACAGGCAGAGUGUAGGCGAUUCUCAGGGCAACCCACAAAUAUGGAUACAAUUCCUCCAAAUUUUUUGUGUGGAUAAAGGUGAGGAGCUCAAGAGUAGUUAUGUCAUCUGAGGGUAAGCUUGGCAAGUUUUUUACUUCCAUUGCCAGUUCCUUUCCAUCAAUAUUACUUUCAUUUCCAGCGCCUAAUGUCAUGCAGAGGUUGUCACACUGGUUGCUCAGUGCCUAAUCAUCCAGUUUUUGGAAACUGAGCAGCACUCCAAAUCUGUCUCUCACUUCACCCAGUGUUUCAAACCUAUCAGUUAAAGAUUCAAUCUUUGUCAACAACAACAUUAAAGAAUAUUGCUUUUAGCCUCUUCAUGGCAUCUGCAAUGGGCUCAUCUGGGGCUUCAUAAGCAAAGUGCUUUUUUUGCUUUUUAAACUUUUCUCUUUGACUACAACCUCUACAUUCAUUUCCUCAUACAUGUCUGAGCUGAAGCAAAGCCAGUUCUUAUCUAGUUAGUCAGAGAUGUUUUUGCUUUAGUGAGGAGGUCAACAGCCACAUCAAGCUGCAUUAUGGGAGACUGCAGGAGUGCUGACAUGGUUCACAUUGUGUAGAAUGUCAUACCAUACGACUGUGCAAAUGAUAAAUAGGUAUGACCUCACCUCUUCUGCUAAAGUUUGGGCUUCAACCUUGGUCAGAGGAACUGUCACUUCCCUGAUCUUCAGCAAAGCUUCCCUUAUAUUAGAGGCCUGGUACCACACAGCCUCUAUGCUGUUAAUACGGCUCUCCCACCUUGUGUCACUCCAAGUCUUGAGUGGAACAGAGACAUGUUCCCUUAGGAUUGCAGAAAUAGCUGAUGGCAUCUGUUGAAGCUGUUCUGCAUCAGAUACCACCAAGUUUAGGGAAUGUGCCCCAUGUGGAACAUAAAGUGACAAUACACACAGAUGUCUCGUUGACAGGUUGGGAGGAUUGUCAGGUGGCAGGCAGGUGUUCAGCUACUCUGACGAAUUGUCGUAUCAGUUUCUUGUAGCUGAUGGCUGUCUUUUUGUCUCACUGUCAAAAAAGAAAAAAAAACUGAAAACUCCAGAAGAGAGACAUUUGGUUGGUUCUAGACAACAUGACUGCAGUGUCCUACAUGAAGAGGUCAGGAUGAUAUUCACCUCCUCUCAAUAUAAUAAUGCUAGCUAGCCAUCCUUCAAACAGGUGAUACCUGUCUACAACUUACCUUGUGGGGUCCUUCAGUGUAAUAGUAGACAAAUGGAAGUGGACCUGUUUGCCACAUAUGAGAAUCAUAAACUACCAAACAACAGCAAGAGAUGCCAUCCUACAAGUUGUGAACAAAUGGAGGAGGAUAUUCCCUUUUCAACCAUUGUUCCAAAUUUUGAAGGUGUGGAGCAAACUCCUGACCUACCAUGGAACAACUUACUUAAUAGUCCCAAAUUGGCCAAACCGGCAUUGAUUCCUACUACAAUGACCACAGACAAAGAAAUAGAUUCCAAACUGUCCACUGUUGUAUACCAGUCAGUAGGAGGGAAGUCAUUUAAGGAUGCUCCUUUCAAAACCAAGACCUUCACGGGUUGAUUUUCUUAUAUAUUAGCUCUACCAUGAAACUUAUUCACCCAACAUUGCUAGGUAUCAAUGGCAAAAGUUACAGACUUCAUUUAUCUGGGAAUACUAGUAUGGGUGGAAGAUAUAGUUACAUUAUAUCCAUACUGAGAGCCCAGUCAAAUAUUCUAGGGAAACAAUCUAAAAAUGUCUUAUCCCUUUUGAAGACAAAUACCUUGCAGUUACAUCAGUCAUGGAAUACAAGGCAGCAUUAACAGAACCAUUGUUUUAUGAUUUCAUGAUUUGACUCUAGUAUAUAAGUCGUCACUUCCCUUCUGCAGUCAUUUGCCCUACAAAGAUCCGCUCUAGAAAGGUUCCAAUCACAUGGUCCCUGGACAGGGUCCUUAGACUUAGAUCAGCCCCUCAGCUAAGUGGACCUGAUACAACCCCAACUCACAAGUUUCUUGUUCUUUGCUACCAAACCUAAAGGUAUUUGGAAUAAACAUUGGGGUCUUGAAACUAGUGGCUUGACCCUGGACCAAAUUUUGGGUUGUCUGGAUUAAAAUUCAAGAGCUUUUCAUCAUUGUUACUUUCUUUCUAAAGCUCCUUUAGGACUAGACAGCCACUACUCUAUCAAAAAACAGGUUUUGACGUAGGAAAAACCAAUUUUUGACGGUCGCUGUCGAGCCCUGAAAACCCUCCCACUUCCCUGGUGAAAAGAAAUGGGAUUUGGGUAAGGGAUCAUCCUGCAUUGACCAAGAGAAAGGAAUGGUGGCUUGGUCGGAUUUUGGUUGUAUUUAAACAAUAUGACAGUGUAUAUUGCAUAAUCAGUCCUUCUUUCAGUUUAAAGUGGGUAUUAACAUUUACCGAGGAUAACAGAAAGUGCUCUUUUAUCCUGAGUCCAUUUAUACUUUAUCACAAGUUAUAAAUACCCGACCACAAGACCAGUUAAGAGAAUUCUUUGACAUUAGUCUGGUCACCAUGGAGCUCUGGAUAGACCAUGGAAAGGGUAAUCAUUGAGGGCUCAACAGCAACCACCAAAAAUAGGUUUUUCCUAUAUCAAAACCUGUUUUUUUUAUUUCUUGUAGCAUUUCCUUCCAUGUUUGGGCUCACGCUUUUAUUUUUGUAGACAU